CGAAGUGUGCUUUCUUAUCGCAAUUUAAAUACAGGAUACACGUUUUAAAUUAUUUUACGUCCCACUCAGUGAUUGAUAUAAUGAUACAAAUAGUAUUAUGUCUAUUAUUCUCAGAGAAGAAGUGUAUAAAUAAAAUUAACAAAUUCAGCGACAAUUAACUAUUUAAUAUUCUUUAUUAUUGGAAUUUCUUCAUUAUAAGGUGGAACAAUGUUACCGUCACAUGUUUUAUGGUUUGUCACGUUAAUUCUGUCAGUAUUAAAUGUGAGUGAAUCACAGAAAUGUGAAGAAAGAAGUAUAAAUUACAAGCUUCUAAAGAGUGAUAGCGACGGAAGCCGUUCGCGUUCGGCCAAUUUUUGUUCCAAUAUAACCUUAAAUUACGACAUAGAUUAUUAUUCUAGACUCCGAGCCUCCCCUUACUUUGCAUUAAUUAUUACCAAUUCUUCUUUUCCUAUUCUUAGUGCUUCCGAUAUUGAUUUCAAUCGUUUUCAACAAGUUAGUUUAUUAAAUAAUUCGAUAAAUAAAAUUAAACCAUCAUUUUUUGGAAGGUUUCAGAAUGUUUACGACUUAGAUUUGUCUAAGAAUAAUAUAUCAAACAUCGGCGGCAUUUUCUUUAAACUAGAUAACCUCAAGAAGAUAAAUUUAUCCGAAAAUAGUAUAGCAAUCCUCCCCGAACACUCUUUUGUAGGCCCAAAAUAUCUGGAAGUAGUAGAUGUCAGCAGAAAUAAAAUAUCUUACGUCCCUACUGGCGUUUUUCAAUAUCACCUGUCACUGAAGGAAAUCUACUUAAACAAUAAUCUUUUAACGACAAUCACCACUUCUGUUUUUGAAAAUGUACGUUUAUCUCUGGUUGACUUAAGCAGCAACGUUCUAAACGAAAUUAUUCAUAAUACACCCGAAAGAAUCAAUAUUUCUGCUUUGUACAUUUCGAACACCAGUCUGAACAACGAGAAGUUAGCAAAAAUACCUGAUCAAUUCAAUCCUGUCGAACUCACAGUUUUAGAUCUCAGUCACAACAAGAUUUCGGUGCUGUCCCAUGACACUUUUAAAGAUAUGAUCAAUCUGCGGGAACUCUAUCUGGAUGACAAUUUGUUGGAUACGGUGGAGUAUGAAAGCAGGAACAACUGGAUCAACGUGUUUUCGAUGAAGAAACUGACCAAUGUCUCGCUGGAUAACAAUUUCUGGAAUUGCGCCGAUCUGAAAGACGUUAUUCAAACUGCCACGUCUCGAAACGCUUCUGUCACUCCAGGGUACCGAUUUAACGGUACCGACUUACUGGGAAUACCGUGCAAAAUAGAAACAUCGAUUCAAGAUGGUCAGUCCUCUUUUAGAGAUAUAGAAGACUUUUUAAAAAGCAGUAACUACCUCAAACAGCAACAAGAUAAUAUAAAUAUUCAAUUUAAAAACAUUGCCCAACGAUUUGAUAACAUGGAUCUAGAAAACAAAAUUAAAAAUAUCUUAAAAAAAUAUUUGGAAAACAGCCACAUUACAAAUAAUAAUACUCCGGAGAAAAUUUCAAAUACCGAUCAAUUGCAGGUGAAGAAAUACGAACAAACAAGUGAAAACUCAAUUGAGAAUCAAAAACAGACUGCAAGUCCCGUUGAUUCUAUCAAAAAUAAGUUAAGUCAGAUGAGUAUUUAUAUGAAAAAUUUAACAGAAUUGACUUUGUUAAAGAUGAACACCUCCUCAAAAGAGCUGUACGAUCCUGCUGAAAGAUUAACUCAGCAAAAACCUGAAAUUGGAGAAAGCAGUUCUAGUGUAAUUUUCAGCAAUAUUUUGCAGGUUUGCCUUCUCGUUGUUAUGAUUUGUUUCUGUUAUAUCACCUAUAAGAAGAAUAAAACUGCAAACCAAAGAGAAGAACUAGGUCUUGUUUAAAAUGGAAUUUUAAAAAUGAAAUUUUAAAUGGAUACUGCAAAAAUUACUAAAUAAUAAUCUAUGUUUUAUGUUUUUUUUAUAUUUACAUUGUUCUGUAUUAAAGUGAAAUAAAAAUAUUUUUUAUCAUA